AGCGUCGCCGUGAGAUCGAUCACACCGCAGCACGCAGACAAAGCAGACGGGGACAGCACAGCCUCAGCGCACGGAAAGAGAGGAGAGAUCGGAGAGGUGACCACCGCCGCGCCGAGAUGCUGGCCGUGUUCGACCAGACGGUGGCCAAGUGCCCGGAGGGCCUCCGCAGCCCGCCGGCGGCCGGAGGUGCGGCGGCAGGGGGCGGCGGCGCGGCCGCGCUCAUGAAGGGCUUCGCCGCCGCCAACGACGCCGCGGUCACCGUCAGCCUCGGCGCCGCCGGCGCCCUCGCCUACUCCUCGGCCAACAAGAACCCCCUCGUCCCCAGGAUGUUUGGUUCUGUGAAUGACAUAUUUUGCCUGUUCCAAGGACAUGUUGAGAACAUUGGCAACCUGAAGCAACACUAUGGUCUGAGCAAGACAGCAAAUGAAGUUACCAUCCUGAUUGAGGCCUACAGAACCCUCCGGGACAGGGGCCCGCUCCCAGCCAGCCAGGUCGUGAGAGAUCUCAGUGGAAGGUUCGCUUUCAUCCUGUACGACACUGUGUCGAAAUCCACCUUCGUCGCUGCUGAUGCUGAUGGCAGUAUCCCCUUCUUCUGGGGCGUCGACUCUGAAGACCACCUUGUGUUCUCUGACGACAAUGAGCUUCUCAAGGCAGGCUGUGGAAACUCAUUCGCGCCAUUCCCCAAAGGCUGCUUCUACACCACAUCUGGAGGGCUGCAGAGCUUCGAGCACCCGCUGAACGAGCUGAAGGCCGUGCCACGUGUGGACAGCCAGGGCCAGAUGUGCGGCUCCACCUUCAAGGUCGACAGCGAGGCCAAGAAGGACUCGGGGAUCCCUCGCGUCGGUAGUGCUGCUGAUUGGUCUAACCACUUCUAGCUUGAUGACCCUUGUUGUAAACUGCCAAUCUUGACACUGAAUCGCUGAGACACCGCAUUUUAUUUUUGAGCAGUUUACAACGCUCUAGACAAUGCUGUUUCAAUAAAUGUACUGUCUGAUGGGUAAUGAUACUGCUGUAAGUUUACCGAUACUCGAAGAAACUCUGAUGCCACCACCUGGUGGUAGAGAUUUAUCAGUCCCCCCUAUAUAUGUCUCAAUAAAUAAAGUUCAGUGAAGGCUUAGUUUGUUU